UGACUGUGAUUGUAUUUGUUGUAAUGCGUCGCUUUCAUUCAUAAGUCGUCGCUGGUGCUGGUGGCUUUCUUUGCAUCAACAACAAAUCAACGUUUGGCCUUCGCAUAGUAUCUGCGCGCUCGCUCGCACCAACAGAGGCGCCCACAUAAUUGGCUGUCGCUGUCACGUUCACGUUCCCGCUCCCACUUCCACUCCCAUUCUCUGACCAGCAUUGGCAUCGCCCCUUCCUUGUCUUGCCACCAUCAUCUUUGCUAUUGCAUUUCCAUUCAUUUGACGAUUCGUAUCGUAUUCGCCGUUAUAUUCAGUGCAUGCCAGCUACGGCUUCAGCAUGGAGCCCACAGCUGCUGCCGGCAAUCUGCUGGAGAUCAUGGAUCUGGCCCGAACCCUUCGCCAGGAACAACUCUUCAUCCAGCACGAACAGGCGGCGUUUGCACAGCUCACCGGAGCCUUGGAGACGAAUGCGGCAACCAUAACACAGCUGGCGUACAUCUGCGCCCAACAAAGACAGAAUCUGCAUGAUCUGCUCUUAACCAGAACGGAUCACGAUCCAUUUGCCUGCUGUCGCCGUGCCAGCGCCUACGACAACGCUCCCUUUCUGGAUGCCAAGCAGGUGUUACCCUACGAGCAUGCCCUGGCCUAUGAGGAUCUGUUCAACUACCUGUACAACACACCGUAUUUGCUGGCCAUGUCGCUGGCGACAGCGGAUCGCCUGUCGCUGGUGUCGCCGUCGCAGCUGGAGCAGAUUGUGCACACAAUUGCAACCGGACUGUAUGGGAAUGCGAUCAACACAAAGGACGUGGAGCUGCUGCUCAAGUUGCUGCGCGAACUGAUCGAGAUGCAGCUGCUGAGCAGCGAGCAGCCGCGACGAUUGCUGCGGACCAAUGGCAGCGCAUUCGCCCGUCUCUAUCAGCGUCUUGUGGAGUCGCUCUUCUCGGCUCGGAUCUUUCUUACAGCCGCGUUGCACGCUCCGCUGAUGGCAGUGCUGAGCGAGCACGAGGCGCUGCUCGAUGUCGAUCCCCACAAGCUGUUGCAGAGCUUCACGGCCCGUGAACGGCAGCGACGCUUUGGCGAGGACGAGACGAGCGCCAACUAUCAACGGAAUGUGGUCCGAUUCCAUGCCGAGACGCUGGGCAAGCUGCACGCCCAUGCUCAGGCAUUUGUACGGAGUUUGCAGCAGAGCUGGUCGCUGUUUCCCAGCUCGCUGCGUUGGCUGCUGCAGACGCUGGGCCAGCAGCUGCGACAGACGCAACGGCACAGCGAUCACGAGAUACGCCAACUGCUGUCGGAUCUGGUGUUCACGCACUUCAUUUGCCCGGCGAUCGUUAGCGCCGAUCUGGUGGGCAUCAUCGAUGUCAAUGUGAGCGAACAGAUGCGCCACAAUCUCAAUCAGAUUGUGCAGCUGCUGCAGCGUCUGGCGUUGAGCGACGAGGCCAGCGAAUUGGCCCACCUCAUGGAGAUGCUGCUGGUGGGUCAAACCGGCGAGGAUGUCGUCGCCAUACUGCCGCAGCAGAGCGACUUUGAGCGCGCCCAGCUGGCGAUCAAUCAGCGUGAACUGCAGCACUUCGUCGACUUCUUUCGCCUGCUGGCGCCUCGAGCCGAAUACGAAGUGUCCGCCGAGCAGCGACAGCGUCUGCAGCGGAUUCUCUCGCGCAUCCCCAAGACGGAGGCGACGGUGGUCUCCAAUGCCAGCGCAAUGCCGCCGCCGUCGCAAACAGUUGCAGAGGAGAAGAGCACAACGAAUGGCGCGAAGCGUUCGAAUAAAGGGCUGAUGCGGCUGGGCAAGGCCACCAAAAAGAAGCUGGCCAAGGGCAUGAGCUUCAGCAGCACUUCGAAUUCCAACUCUCACUCUCACUCCAACGCCAAUUCCAAUUCGAAUGCCAGCCAUGGUCAUGAGUCUGCUGCUGGCAACGGGAGUGCAGCAUCAAAUGGAACAGCGACGACAACGACGGCGGCGGCGAAUGGCGAUUUGGAGCAAUGCUCGUCCUCGCAUAGUGGCAGCAACACCAGCCUCAGUUCGUGUGGCGCCACAGCAGCGGCAGCAGCAGCGGCUGCCACGACAGCGAAUCCUGAAGCGGAUGCCGUCGAUGGCAACGAACCGGUGUUGAUGUUCAGCAUUUACAAUGCGGCUGCAAAGUGCAAACUGAAGCCACUCACCGAGGAGGAUCUGCUGAAGAUGAACUGCAUUGGACAGGAGAUUGCGCCGUCGGUGGCCGUCGUCACAGCGGCGCCUUCGUCGAAUGCGGACGAUGCGAGCAGCUUGGAGGCAAUGCGUCGGCCGCACGAUGAUGCCUCCAUUGGCAACUCGGACAAUCUGGAGGCGAUUAGCGAGGCGGCGCACUCGGUGAAUCAUUCGGUGGCCAGUUCGCUCGAUCUCGAGGAGCAGCAGGAGCGCGAUGUCCAUGAUGCCGAGAACGAUGACAAUCUCUCCGACAUGGUCUCGGCCAAUGUCUCGGGCCGUGGCACGCCCAACAUCAGUGGCCGCGAUACGCCCUCGUCGCAGGUGACGGACGGCGAUGGAGCUGCCGGUGAUCUGGCGCAUCAUGUGCCGCGUCCGACGCCACAGAUGCAGAACAUGCUGUUGUCCAAGGUGCGAUCCGAUAUUGAGGACAAGUUCUGCAAGUUUGAGCUGAAGAAAUUCGAGGGCGACGAGAACGUGAGCAUCAUAUCGGACACAUGGUCAACGGAUGUGCUCGCCAGCGACUCGGAGAACACGCUCGACGCCAGCAGCGAGCAGCAGCGUGGCCGCGAACGUGAGCGAGAGCGGGAACGAGAACGGGAGCGAGAACGUGAGAGAGAGCGCAACUUCUCGACGCCAUUGAUACCAUCGGCUGUUGUCUUGCCCGGCGACAACAACAACUUUGUGGUGGAGGCUUUGGCACGUGCCGCGGCACCCGCCGCCCUGGACGCUUCGGAUCAGCGCUCCGAAUCCAACUGGAGCACCGAUGUGCUGGCCAGCGACUCGGAGAAGCUGGCCGAGAUCGAUACGGACGACAAUGUGAGCAUCACAGCCAAGUCAGACACGGCAGCCCCGCUUGCGCUCGCUGUGGUCCUCGACGAUGGCGAACAGACGCCCGGCAGCAGCGGCGAUGGCGAUGGUGCGGAUCCUGACGGCGAUGGGGAUGGCGAUGGCGAUGGCAACGGAAAUGCGAGUGCUAGCGAGCGUAGCCAAGAGGAUUCGGCAUUCUUCGAUGCGGUCAAUUCUUAUGAUGAUGCGCAUCACUAUCAGGCGGCAUCGUCGCUGGCCCGCAGCUCGGUGCGCACCAGCUAUCAUGGCUUGGGUGGCGACAGUGGCGACAGCAGCUUCCAGCAGCAGUACAAAUGCAGCGCAGCCGAGGGCAGGAAGAGCACUCCGCUCAUGGGCACGGCGUGUAUGCGUCGCCAGACGUCAGCCGAGAGCAGCAUAUCGAAUCAGAGCCUCAAUCUCGAGGAGCCGCAGUCGAGCAGCAAACAGCAAUCGUUGUCCUCGCAUCACCAUCAUCAUCAUCAUCAUCACCACAAGAAGAAGAAACAACAGCAGCAGCAACAGCAGCGAGAUCUGAUCGAUUUCAGUGACUACAGCGAGGACAAGGAUGAGCCGCCUGGCUUGGUGCAGCAGCUGCUCGAUAAGUUUGGCGACGAGCAGCAGCAUCCUCGCCAGCAUCAGCAGCAGCAGCAAGUGCAUUCACGUCCCUCUCUUGGUCAUGGAGUCGAGCAUCGUCGCAUCUCCAUGGAACAGCGCACGGCGGGCAUCGAUGGACGACGCAACGGGAUAUUGGCGGGCAGCGAAUCGGCGCGACGACAUCAGAGCUUAAACUACGAAAACCACGAGAUCAUGCUGCAAGGCAUUACGAUGCACGCGACCGAUGAGCGACCGAAGACCGAUGAUGACAAGCAGCAGGAACUGCAGUUGCUCUGCGCCCAAACGCAACAGUUGCAGCUGCAGCACGAUGCGGAUGCCACCACCAGCAGCAGCACACCGGCUGCCACGGCGGCGGGGGGUAAACCGAGCAAAGCCACCGGCGCCAUACCAAAGAGCAUUAGCUUCGAUGCCAGCGCAGACAAGGAGAAGCAUCGUGGCCAGCAGCAGCGAGAGCAACGCGAUCAGAGCGGCAGCAUUCUCAAUAAACUGAAGCAGGGCAUCUUUAAGAAUCGUCGCAACAACAGCAACAGCAGCAACAACAACAAGUCAGCCUCAUCUUCGUCGUCGUCGGGUGCUGCAGCAGCAACUUCGUCGGCGAAUCAACGAUUGAGCAUCCACAACGAUCAAAAUCGCAGCGUUAGCUUCGAUCCGAGUGCCGCAGCCGCGUGUAUCAACUUUGCCGCUGACCACGCCCACGCCGACGCCCGCUCGUCGCAUUCGCACUCCCAUUACUGUGAUAGCAGCGAGGAUAUUCUGGCCAAGUAUCGCCGCAAAGUCAGCAGCUCCAGCGAUGCCACCAACUCGGACUCCACGGGCAACGGACAUGUCCAUGGUCACGGGCAUGGGCAUGGGCACAGUCACGGACUUGGUCAUGGACAUGCUCACAGUGCAUCAGGAACGGCGCAUGGGCAAGUCACCAAUGGCGGCCAAUUGCCCGGCGUUGUGUUCAGCAGCGUGAAACAGAAGCUGCGCACGGUGCUCUCGAAGACGGAUCUGCACAGCGGCGACUUCCGGCAGACGACGCUGAAGCCGCUGGAGGCGACGCCGCUGCAGACGUAUCUGCAGAUUCAGCUGGCGCAGUGCAUCAGCCUGCAGCGGCUGCCGCAGAUCUCGCAUGUGGCCGAGGCGAUGCGUUGCCUCGGCCAGCUGGAGCGGCCGCAGCAUGCGCAGCUCUUGCUGGAGCUGCAGCACGAUCUGGAGCGGCGCAAGAGCUAUCUGCAGUAUUUGCUGGUGCAUCGCCAGCAGCUGUUGCUGCGCUCCGAGCAACUGGAUCAGCUGGAGAAGCGAUUGCGUGGCGAGGCGCGUAGCUGUCAGCGUUGCAUGCUGCAGUCGUUGGUGCGCUUGUAUCUGGGGCGACAGCAGAGCAAGCUACAGGCUUUCCAAGCGGAGUUUGCCCUGCUCAGCGUCAGCGAUGAGCGUGUGGAGUUGAUCGAGGAGUUUGUCGAGGGACUGCUCGAGGAGUUGCGCGAUGGCGGGCUGCAGGAUGAGUUCCAACGCGAGGCGGCACGCGAUGCCAUCGAACGUCUGCUGCUCGAGCAGAUGUACGAGCAGGUGAUGUUCCCCAACGAGGAUGCGGAUGUCUCGCGCGACGAAGUGCUUGCGGCGCACAUUGGCAAGCUGCAGCGUUUCGUCCAUCCGGCGCAUCCUGCCCUCUGCAUUGCCCAGGAGUAUUUGGGCGAGGCGCCGUGGACCUUUGCCCAGCAGCAACUGUGCCACAUGGCUGCGUACAAGACGCCGCGCGAGAAGCUGCACUGCAUCAUCAACUGCAUCUCGAGCAUCAUGAGUUUGCUGCGCAUGUCAAGUGGUCGCGUGCCAGCGGCAGACGAUGUCCUCCCCGUGCUCAUCUACGUAGUCAUUAUGGCAAAUCCUCCGUAUCUGCUCUCGACAGUGGAGUACAUCAGCUGCUUUCUCGGCAAGCGGCUGGACGGCGAGGAUGAGUUCUAUUGGACGCUCUUCGGUUCGGUUGUGAAGUUCAUCAAGACCAUGGACUACCUGGAUUAAUGAUGAUGCUGAUCCUUUUGUUGUUGUUUUGCGGCGCUUGCCAACUUGCUGCAGCGAAGCUGGCUGACCCAAUUGUUGUUAUAUCUUUACAUUUAUUUAGUGUCCUAAGUAUAUUGCAUCGAGUUCUGUUUUAUUGUAUUUGUCCCAAUUCCUCGUUUUUUUUUUUUUUUUUUUGUGCGUUCAACUUGAUGUUCAGAGUCAGUUGUUUUCGUUUUUUUGGGCCAAGCUUCGCUGCACAGGCACGCUUUGAUAUUUCUACCUUAAUUUGUAUAAAAUAUAAUUCUACCGAUAUCUCUAUAUUUGUAUAUAUACUUACAUAUAUAUAUAUAUUUGUAUAUGCUCAGUUCAUGUAUCACGUUGUGUUUAAUGCAUAUAACACGAUAUGUAGUAUAUAUGUGUAUAUAUACACCAAGCAAAUCAAAGGCGGCUACAACAAGAAAUAAAAUAUGAGAAUUUGGAAAUUCGCUAUUUACGAUAGUUGCUAAGAACUGUCUUAACUAUUUUUCGAUGCCUGCAUUAUUAUAUUUGUAUACUCGUACUAUACUUAGUAGGUACUAUGCAUACACAGACAUAUUCAUAUACAUAUAUGUAUACCAUAUAGUAUAUAUAUAUAUAUAUAUAUUUAGAAGUAAACAUAAGCAUGCAUGGAACAUGAACAUGAAAAUCAACUUAAUAUUCCUUAUUGU